AUGCCAACAAGGCCAAUCAGAGUUUAUGAAGGCUUUGUGCCAUCUAGACGCGGCCAUGUUGCACAAGUACGGAAGAGAUACAACAACAACUAUGUCUAUCAGAACCCUCCCGAGCCAAUACCAAAUAAGCUAUUGAGGGGAAGGAGACCAUUUAAUAAUCCAUCCGAGGUUGCCGAUGAUGUUCAAUCAAACGAGAAUUUCCUAGAAAAAUUCAAACUGUCUGUGGAGAAGAAGGCAAAAAAGCCCUCACAAAAUGAUGCACCAACAGCAACACAACACAAGAUUGAUCCUCCCCAAGACGCGAACGAGAUCUUCAAGAAAAUGAAGGAAACGGGUCUCUUUCCAGAUGCUGUUACUAUGCACGAUGGACUCUGCAAAGACGGUCUUGUUCAAGAAGCAAUGAAACUUUAUGGUUUGUUGCACGAAACAGGUACCAUUCCUAAAGUUGUUAUUUACACUGCUGAUGUUGAUUGCUGUUGCAAGGCUCAUAAAUCAGAUGAUGCAAAGAGGAUUUUUAGGAAAAUGCAGACCGAUGGCAUCUCUCCAAAUGGCUUUAGUUUUGGUGUGUUAAUUCAAGGUUUAUGUAAUGCUAACGAGUUAGAAGAUGCUAUUGACUAUUGUAUUGAAGUGUUAGAAGCUGGUCAUUCUCCGAAUGUUACAACUUUUUUUGGAUUAGUUGACGGUUUGUGCAGGGAGAAAGGUGUUGAAGAAGCUCAGAGUGCUAUUGCAACAUUGAGACAGAAGGGAUUUCUUGUUAAUGAUAAAGCUGUUAUAGAAUACUUGAACAAAAAAGCUCCUUUUUCAUCAUCAGUUUGGGAAGUAAUCUUUGGGAAGAAAUCGUCUGAGAAACCAUUUUAA